AUGUCUGAACAGAAUUCAGUAGUAAAUGCUGAAAAAGGGGAUGGCGAAAUAUCUUCAAAUGUAGAGACUGCUUCUUCAGUCAAUCCGUCUGUGAAACCACAGAAUGCUAUUAAAGAAGAAGCUAAAGAGACAAAUGGUGAAGAUCAAAAAUGCAAAGGGCCAGAAAACGCUGGCAGUACGGCAGAAACAAAAGAAACAAGUAACGACGCUACCAACGGAAUGAAAACGCCCGAAGAAACGGAAGAUACAAAUGACAAACGCCAUGACGAUGAAGGUGAAGAUGGAGAUGAAGAUGAAGAUGAAGAUGAAGAUGAAGAUGAAGACAAUGGGGACGAGGAUGAUGAGGACGUGGAUAGCAGUAGUUCCGAAACCAGUUCCGAAGACGGGGAAGAUUCUGAAUCAGUCUCAGGGGAAAGUACUGAGAGUAGCUCUGGAGAAGAUGAAGAAUCUGAUGAAAGCGAUGGAAAUACAUCAAACAGCUCCUCUGGUGAUGAAAGCGGGUCAGAAGAAGAAGAAGAAGAAGAAGAAGAAGAAGAAGAAGAGGAAAAUGCUGGCGAACCAGCUAUCGCUCAUCAAGAUAGUGUUCCCACCAACGAUUCUACUGCCCCAAGGUCUACCCAUACGAGGAACAUAUCACUAUCUUCAAAUGGUUCGAACACAAACUCAACCAUAAUUUUAGUGAAAACUACGUUGGAGACAAUUUUAAAUGAUAAGGACAUUAAAAAGAAUUCGAAUGCUCAGAAGGCUAUCGAAAGGACAUUACAAAAAUUUAAGGAAUUUGAUCCGCAAACCACGAAUAACCCACAUUACGUGGAUUCAAUACUAGUAUUCGAAGCACUAAGGGCAAGCUGUCGUACCAAAUCCUCCAAAGUUCAAAGUUUGGCUUUAGAUUGCCUGUCAAAAUUGUUUUCUUUUAGAUCGCUAGACGAGACCCUGUUAGUGAAUCCACCCGAUUCUUUAGCCUCUAAUGAUCAACGACAAGAUGCUGCCGAUGGAAUAACGCCGCCUCCAAAACAAAAAAUUAUAGACGCUGCAAUUGAUACUAUUUCAGACUGUUUUCAAGGUGAAGGCACUGAUGACCGUGUGGAACUACAAAUCGUUAGAGCUUUAUCUAGUUGCAUUUUAGAAGAGGAUUCAAGUUCUUUAUGCCACGGUGCUUCCUUGCUAAAGGCUAUCAGAACAAUCUACAACGUUUUCGUCUUUUCGUUGAACCCAUCCAAUCAAGGUAUUGCACAGGCGACCUUGACACAAAUUAUUAGUUCGGUGUAUGAUAAAAUCGAUCUCAAACAAAGUACCUCUUCAGCAGUAUCCUUAUCGACAAAAAAUCAUCAACAACAAUCCGCCAUAGAACUUUCCGAGGCUUCUGAAAAUGCAGAAACGCCGGCUCCUUUAACUCUGGAAAAUAUGGAUAAGUUGAAUGACGAUGAGGAAAGACUAAUGGACGCUCAACAGCCUGAUUCUAUCGCCAUAACUAACCAAGAUCUAGCUGUUAAAGAUGCGUUCUUAGUGUUUAGAGUCAUGGCGAAAAUAUGUGCUAAACCUUUGGAAACAGAACUCGACAUGAGGUCACAUGCCGUCAGGUCAAAGCUUUUAUCUCUUCACAUCAUUUACUCUAUUAUCAAAGAUCAUAUUGACGUAUUCCUUUCCCACAACAUUUUUCUACCAGGAAAGGAGCGUGUGUGCUUUAUCGAUUCAAUUAGACAAUAUUUACGUCUUGUUUUAUCAAGGAAUGCUGCCUCGCCUCUAGCUCCAGUUUUCGAGGUUACUUUAGAAAUUAUGUGGCUAUUGAUUGCUAAUUUGAGAGCAGAUUUCGUGAAGGAAAUUCCAGUUUUUUUAACAGAAAUCUACUUCCCCAUUUCAGAAUUAACCACUUCCACCUCCCAACAAAAGAGAUAUUUUUUAAGUGUUAUUCAACGAAUUUGUAACGACCCAAGAACUUUAGUUGAAUUUUACUUGAAUUAUGAUUGUAACCCUGGAAUGCCAAAUGUAAUGGAAAUAACUGUUGAUUAUUUGACAAGAUUGGCUUUAACUAGGGUGGAAAUUACUCAGACUCAAAGAUCAUACUACGAUGAACAAAUAUCAAAAUCCCUGUCCACCUACAAUUUCUCACAAUUGCCCCUUUUGACUUCUUCCAACUUGUCUUCUAGUCCUGAUGUUGGUCAAGUCAAUUUACUUUUUCCACUUGAUUUUGCUCUCAAAAUGGUGUCACUAAAUUGCAUUGUGUCAGUUUUGCGUUCCUUAAGCUCAUGGGCUCACAAAGCUUUAAAUCCAAACACACACACUGCUAAUAAGGUAUUACUAAACACAACAUCUUCAGCUCGUCAAGAAUCUAGAUCAUCUUUGAGUAACGACGUAAGGUCUUCUAUUAUGACAAGUAAUGAUGACUUCAAACCAACAUAUGAAGACGAAGAAAGCAGAUCAUUGAGCAGUCAAAACAUUGACGCAGACGACCCCACACAAUUUGAAAAUUUGAAACUAAGGAAAACUGCUUUAUCGGAAUGUAUUGCUAUUUUCAACAAUAAACCCAAGAAAGCUAUUCCAGUACUUAUUAAAAAAGGAUUUUUGAAAGAUGAUUCUCCAAUUUCCAUUGCCAAGUGGUUAUUAGAAACAGAAGGCCUCGACAUGGCCGCUGUUGGGGAUUAUCUAGGCGAAGGAGACGACAAGAACAUCGCUAUAAUGCACGCAUUUGUUGAUGAGUUUGACUUCACUGGUAUGUCCAUUGUUGACGCAUUAAGGUCAUUUUUACAAAGUUUCAGAUUGCCUGGAGAAGGUCAAAAAAUUGACAGAUUCAUGCUGAAAUUUGCGGAAAGAUUUGUGGACCAAAACCCCGGAGUCUUUUCAAAGGCGGAUACUGCAUAUGUGCUUUCGUAUUCUUUGAUCAUGUUGAAUACUGAUUUACAUUCGUCACAAAUCAAAAAUAAAAUGUCUUUACAAGAGUUUUUAGAAAACAACGAAGGUAUUGACAACGGAAGAGAUUUACCAAGAGACUUCUUGGAAGGUUUGUUCAACGAAAUUGCUAACAAUGAAAUCAAGUUAAUUUCUGAACAGCAUCAGGCAAUGCUUUCAGGUGAUACCAAUCUUGUCCAACAACAGCAAUCUGCUUUCAACUUCUUUAAUUCUCGUGAUUUGACAAGAGAGGCAUAUAAUCAAGUCUCAAAAGAAAUUUCAUCUAAAACGGAAUUAGUCUUUAAGAAUUUAAACAAAAAUAAAGGAGGCCCAGACGUCUAUUAUGCUGCUUCCCACGUUGAGCAUGUUAAAUCAAUUUUCGAGACACUAUGGAUGUCCUUUUUAGCAGCUCUAACCCCCCCAUUUAAGGAUUAUGAUGACAUUGACACAACCAAUAAGUGUUUAGAAGGCUUGAAAAUAUCAAUUAAAAUUGCUUCUACUUUUAGAAUCAAUGAUGCUAGAACCUCCUUUGUAGGUGCGUUAGUCCAAUUUUGUAACCUUCAAAACCUUGAAGAAAUCAAAGUUAAAAAUGUCAAUGCAAUGGUAAUUCUUCUUGAAGUCGCGUUAUCAGAAGGAAAUUACUUGGAGGGAUCGUGGAAGGACAUUUUGCUGGUCGUGUCUCAAAUGGAAAGACUACAAUUGAUAUCCAAAGGUAUCGACAGAGAUACGGUUCCAGAUGUUGCACAAGCUCGUGUUGCAAACCCUAGAGUUUCUUACGAAUCAUCAAGAUCCAAUAAUACAUCUUUCUUUGAUGUUUGGGGCAAGAAGGCAACUCCCACAGAAUUGGCUCAAGAAAAACACCAUAAUCAAACCUUAUCACCCGAAAUCUCUAAAUUCAUUUCCUCCAGUGAAUUAGUCGUUUUGAUGGACAAUAUAUUUACCAAAAGUUCCGAGUUAUCAGGUAAUGCUAUCGUUGAUUUUAUCAAAGCUUUAACCGCUGUAUCUUUAGAAGAAAUUGAAUCAUCUGAAAAUGCUUCCACACCAAGAAUGUUUUCCUUGCAAAAAAUGGUCGAUGUAUGUUACUACAAUAUGGAUCGUAUCAAACUAGAAUGGACGCCGCUUUGGGCUGUUAUGGGAAAAGCUUUCAACAAGAUUGCUACAAACUCUAACUUAGCAGUAGUAUUUUUCGCUAUCGAUUCCCUGCGUCAAUUGUCUAUGAGAUUUUUAGAUAUUGAGGAAUUAUCAGGUUUUGAAUUUCAACAUGAUUUUUUAAAACCUUUUGAAUACACGGUUCAAAAUAGUGGCAACACUGAAGUUCAAGAAAUGAUUAUUGAGUGUUUUAGGAACUUCAUAUUGACAAAAUCGGAAAGUAUCAAAUCUGGCUGGAAGCCUAUUCUUGAAUCCUUACAAUAUACGGCUCGCUCAAGCACUGAAUCCAUUGUAUUAAAGACGCAAUUGCUGGUUAGCAAUGAUAUUGUGACAAAUCACUUCGAAAACGUAUUCUCUCAAGAAGAUGCCUUUUCUGAGUUAGUUGGUGUCUUCAGAGAAAUCACCAAAAAUAAGAGAUUCCAAAAGCUAUCUCUACAUGCUUUGGAGUCUCUAAGAAAGAUGACUCAGAACGUCGCAGACAUCUGUUUUUACAAUGAAAAUAAGACUGAAGAAGAAAGAAAACAUAACGAUGCUUUACUUCGUGGGAAAGACAUAUUCCAGGAUGUGUGGUUCCCUAUGUUAUUCUGCUUCAAUGAUACGAUCAUGACAGCUGAAGACUUAGAAGUUAGAUCACGUGCAUUAAACUAUAUGUUCGAUGCCCUAGUGGCAUAUGGUGGUAAAUUCAAUGAUGAUUUCUGGGAAAAGAUUUGUAAGAAGUUACUAUUUCCUAUUUUCGGUGUAUUAUCCAAACAUUGGGAAGUCAACCAAUUCAAUAGUCAUGAUGAUUUAAGUGUUUGGCUUUCGACCACGUUAAUUCAAGCCUUAAGGAACUUGAUUGCCCUUUUUACGCAUUACUUUGAAUCGUUGAACAGAAUGCUCGAUGGAUUUUUGGGUCUGCUGGUAUCCUGUAUUUGUCAAGAAAAUGACACUAUUGCUAGAAUUGGGAGAUCCUGCCUGCAACAAUUGAUAUUGCAAAACGUAUCUAAAUUCAAUGAGUACCAUUGGAAUCAAAUAGGUGACGUAUUCGAUAAAUUGUUUGAUUUAACCACUGCUAAUGAAUUGUUCGAUUAUGAUCCGUUACAGCAAGGAAGAAAAUCAUCUGUAUCUCAUCACCAAACAACUAAUGAUACCAGCCAACACUCAGAUGAUGAUAGCAACGACAGAAGGGAGAACGAUUCUAAUAUCAGUGAGACGGUCGAAAGAGCGCAUCAAGAAGAAUCCAGCGAAGACGUUGGUGGUGACAUGGUUGAAACACUCAAUGGGCAAACUAAGCUUAAUAAUGGCAAUUCCGUUCCGACGGUAAAGGACGAAUUGAAUCCAAAGCCCGCUAGUCUAAGUAUCCCCAAGAAAACUAAGCACAUGAAACGAAACGAAAGUAACGAAGAUAUACGUAGGAGAAUAAACAUCAAGAAUUCUAUUGUUGUCAAAUGUGUUUUACAGCUUUUGAUGAUAGAGCUGCUCAACGAAUUAUUCGAGAACGAAGAUUUUGCCCACUGUAUCCCUUACAAGGAAGCCAUUAGAAUUACAAGAUUGUUGGAGAAAUCGUACGAAUUUUCUCGUGACUUUAAUGAAGAUUAUGGGUUAAGAACAAGACUAGUAGAGGCUCGUGUAGUUGAUAAAAUACCAAACCUGUUGAAACAAGAAACGAGUGCUGCUGCAGUUCUCCUUGACAUUAUGUUUCAGUUGUAUCUGAACGAUGAUGAGAAGAAGGCUGAUUUAAUAACUCGUCUGAUCACCAUUUGCAUCCAGGUCGUAGAGGGUUAUGUUUCUUUGGAUGAUAGAACCAUGGAACGUAGUAUCAAUGCCUGGCGUUCAGUGAUAGUUGAAAUAUUACAAGGUUACUACGAAUUUGAUGAUGAAGACUUUAGACUAUACUGUCCUGCUAUGUAUGCUCUGGUGAUUCAAAUAUUAGAUAAGAGCGUUCCAACGGAGUUGAGACAUGCUAUAAAACAAUUUCUAAGCAGAGUUGGUGAAUUAUACCUUUCUACUGAUUAA